AAGCAGUCAAAAGUGUGGCGUUCCAUUUAUCAACACAAACGAAGAGAGAAGAAAAACAAACAUCUCAGCAAAUUCCCUAAAUAUACUUCAUGACUUAGUUGUGGUUAAGUGUGAAGACAGACAGGACUUGUGGACGCCUCCAGAUUGGUGCUGGAGGCUUCAGUUGCUGUCUCGAGUUUCUGGUAAGAAACCCUGCAUCCCCGAAGACUAGCAGGUUUGCCCAUCUUUUUGCAGAAGUUUAGCAAUGGAGUCUUUCCCUAAUGAGACCAAUUCUACUGACCUACAUCCACGGCCCUGGAAUGAACCCCAACUGAUUCUCUCCAUGGUCAUCCUCAGCCUCACUUUCUUAUUGGGAUUGCCAGGCAACGGGCUGGUGCUGUGGGUGGCUGGCCUAAAGAUGAAGUGGACAGUGAGCACCGUUUUGUUUCUCCAUCUCACCCUGGCAGACUUCCUCUGCUGCCUCUCCUUGCCCUUCUCUGUGGUUCACUUGGCUCUCCAAGGACACUGGCCUUACGGUCGGCUCCUAUGCAAGCUCAUUCCCUCCAUCAUCAUCCUCAACAUGUUUGCCAGCGUCUUCUUGCUGACUACCAUUAGCCUGGACCGCUGUCUUUUGGUGCUCAAGCCGAUCUGGUGCCAGAAUCACCGCAAUGUGAGGGCAGCCUUUGUUAUCUGUGUAUGUAUCUGGGUGCUGGCUCUUAUAAUGUGUACGCCUGUGUUCAUAUACCGGGAGACGUUCACUGUAGACGAGCAAAAUAUGUGCGGCUACUAUUUUGGUGGCGAUAGCUCCUUCGACUAUUUGAACUUCACCUUUGAUGGACCGGAAAAUGGAUCUUUUGACAACUCCAUCGUUCAGCUGUCUGGAAAAAUGGAUGAUAGGUUAGAUGCUUUCCCUUUACAAACUAACGAUCAUCCUUGGACAGCUACUACUCUCCUUCCUUCUCAAACAUUUCAGAGACUUCCUGGAGAUUCACUCCCUGUGGAUUCGGCUAGAUUAUCUAAUCAACAUCCAUAUCAUAAACUAAUUAAACCUGAUGAUGAGGGCUUACCCACAAUCCCUGUUGGCCUCCCCACUGAUGAUCACAGAACUAACCCACUGAGUAACUUAGAUGCUUUCCUCUCCACCCAUUUAGAGCCUUUCUCUACUGCCUCUAGUAAUGCCUUCUACAUGGCUGAGCUACCGCAAGAUUUCGAGGAUGAUUAUGAAGACCUCUUUGCAUAUGACAAUCCAGUUCCAACACCGCUGGUAGUAAUGGCCAUCACUAGGCUAGUGAUGGGUCUCCUGCUGCCCUUGAUUGCCAUGCUGACCUGUUAUGGCCUCAUUCUCUUCCGAAUGCGACGAGGCCGCUUUGCCAAGUCUCGAAGCAAAACCUUCCGAGUGUCCAUGGUGGUGGUACUUGUCUUUCUUGUCUGCUGGGCCCCAUACCACAUUGUUGGAGUCCUCUUAUUGUUUAUUGACCCACAUACUCCCUUUGGGGAAGCUCUGCACUUCCUGGACCAUGUGUCUGUUGCUCUAGCAUCUGCCAAUAGUUGCUUGAAUCCCUUCCUGUAUGCCUUCAUGGGAAAAGAUUUUAGGAAGACAGCAAGGCAGUCCAUGAGGGGCAUUCUGGAGGCAGCUUUCAGUGAGGAUCACACACAUUCUACCAGCUGUACCCAAAACACCUUUUCAGAAAGAAACAGCAGUAGAGCCGUGUGAAAAUAUGGAACACUUGGCCCAAGGAGAGCUUCUUAGGUAUUCACUAAGUGCCAUUGGUAUGUUUCUAAAAGAACAAGGGACAUGGUGAGCAGGGAUUUCAGAAAACGUCAAAGACUCAGUGUAGAGGUCUUCAGAGCGGGUCCCGGACUAGUUCCAUCAGCCGCACCUGGAAACUCUCCAGCCCCACCCCAGACGAUAGCAAGGUCCCUUGUUUCUGAUGAAUGCUAAAUUUGAGAGUCAAUGCAGAGCUUAGUCUGUCUAUCCCAAACUAAGCCUACUGAAAUGAAUGAGAACCUAGUCUGCUGUAAAAUGAUGUAUCCAUCAUUAAAGUUACUAUUUAUAUCUCUAAAUUCCUCUCCAGAUUCAUUUUAAAACCAAUUCCUCCAACUUUGAGUAAAAGAUGAUUAAUUUAUUCUAUGGCUUUAUUGUUGUACUGCUGCUGGUGGUGGGAUGGUUGUAAAUAAAGAGAAAGCACAAGAAGAAAUCGCCUAUGAAAACAGGGGUCUAUGCAGCUGAGUCUGGAGCAGAGUACAAUGCCACUCAUGUGGAAGACUCAUGGACAAGGACACAAUUCCAAGCUUCCAAGGACACAAUUCCAAGCUUGCAACUAAACAAUCAUCUGCUGUGCAAACACGAACAACUGACAUGUAACAACUUACUCGUGGACUGGGAUGUACCCUGCCCUUUGAGGAGGUCUUUUGUCAAUUCGUUUACUCUACAGGUUGAUAGCGCCAUCCAACUUCUCCUGACCUUGAAUUCAUUAGUUCCUUAUUCGUCCCCUGCCUCUAAGUCUUCUUUCACACACUACACUUUGUACCUGCACUAACCUCUCAUUUCAAAAGUUUAAAAUCACUGGAAAAUGACUGAGUACCCUCCCAGGACACCAUCAAACUUAUUAAUCCAAAAGGUAUGGAUCUUUCACGCUAUAAUUACCAGCUGUAUCUUUAGGUUUUUUAAUUAAACUUCAUCAAAAUAACACGUACUCAUGGUUUAAAGAGAUUCAAGGUUUAUAAUGAAAUACGAGAUGUUUCCUGCCCCACCCUGCCCAACCACUCCCUCCUCCCACUCCCAUUUCCCAGAGAUAACCCUUGCAACGACAUGAGAUGUUUCUUCUGAUAUCUGCCAUGAUAUUUCUAAGUCAUAGGCUUAUGCUGAUCAUUUUUGUAGACAUGAUAAAAAUGACUCCGUUUUGCAAGGUGAAGAACUUUAUCCAAGCCGAUUUAUAUUUUUUCUUUAUCCAGAGUCCCAAUAUUCACUAACCAUCACAGUUUAAUUCGUUCAUCACCACACAUUUUCUUCCACUUCCUCUCUCCAUUCCAACCAUAUAGACAUAUAGCUUUCCUUCUGUCCUUCUUUCAUUUUAUAAAAGCUUUGUUCGAUUCCCUAUCGCCUUCUCAUUUUCUCUGAAUACAAACCCAUGUGUUAAACCUCUAAAAUUCAGGUUUCCUUGCACUUCGACAUAGCUCCUUCUAUGCUGAAUACAUUGAUUUAAUCAAAAGAUAAAAAUGAGAAGCUCUUGACUUGCUAUGAUGGAUGUGAGGGUCUGGAUUACAAAUUUGUUACAAAGAGCUAUACAGGAAAUUUCAAAUAACUAGGAAUUCUUUCACCCUGUGAGGUAAUGCCUGAUAUGAUGCACAUUUGCAAGCUACCUUUUAUUUUAAUCUGCUUAUAUAUUUGAUGCAAAUAAAUGGUUUCUU